AUGGCAACCUCUCUGAAGAUCCCUGUAGAGAAUCUUGACGGUCGACCUGGCGGACCUGAGGCCAGUCCCCCUUUCAUUACUCUUCGUUUAUCACUGCCACAUUGCAGCCAUAUACCUGCGAUAAGCCCCUCGGAGUUCGCUAGUCGUCAGACGGCCCUGGCUCGCGUGCUGCAUGCCCUGAAUGCCUCCGCUUACAUCGCCGAACCUGGAGCUAGUGCCGAAUUCUAUGCGAAUCUUUCGAGCGCGCAGUGGUCUCUAUCCGAGCGUCCCCUGCUCCUAGUGAUCACCCCCGAGGUACUCUCCUCUAGCGGGGGUGUACCAGAAGUACAGGGCAAAGUUUCUAUACUGACGCCGAAAUUCGAGGCAACUCGUGCUAAGCUGCUGCAUGUGCCGAGUGGCUCUCAGAUCGAAUAUGCGGAAUGGCCGGAGGAAGCAGAUCCUUACAAAGUCGCAGUUUACCAUCUUCUACCUUCCUUAGGGGAGGGUGAUGGCAUAAUCUUUGUGGACGGCAGUACACGUACGUUCAUUGCGGAUGGCCUGAGAGCAGCAGCUCCCCAGACAUUGGUUCUCCCAGCACCAAUAGAAGUGCAACAGCUGAGAGAGCGCAAAUCCGAAGCAGAACUGGAUAUCUUGAAGUGCGUCAAUGAAGUUACAGCCUUAGCCAUCAGGGAAGUGCGAAAGAAAUUAUUCAUUGGCAUCCGCGAAUCGGAAGCUGGUUCACUCAUGCGAAAGGCGCUGUCCUCGGCAGGUCUAGUCAACGUAUUUGCCCUUGUAUUGUUCGGCGAAAAUGCGGCUUUGCCCCACGGCUCUGGAACUGAUCGUGUCUUGAGUAAGGCGGAUUUCGUUCUCAUCGACUGCGGUGGUUCCCUGCAUGGCUAUAACAGUGAUGUCACUAGGACGUUCGCAGUUGAAGGCUCAGUUAUACCGCCAGAGCACCUGUCCAUUUGGUAUCUGAUCCAUACAGCCCAGAGAGCAGCGCUUUCGGCUGCUUACGAUGGUGCAGUAACGAAGACAGUGGACGAAGCUGCGCGAGCUGUGAUAUCAGAAGCAGGACGCGGCAGGUAUUUCACGCACAGACUCGGACAUGGGAUAGGGCUGGAAGUCCACGAAUCUCCUUACCUACGCGGUGGGAGCGAGGAUGUGAUACGUACUGGCCAUACCUUCUCAGAUGAGCCUGGUGUCUACAUCGAAGGAAAGGUGGGCGUCCGCCUCGAAGACAGCUUCUACAUCAACCAGGACGGAACGCCUAUGUUCUUAACGGAAGGUGUGGGCGGUCAGGCGAGGUCACCCUGGGACAUAUAAAUUGAUAGCGGCUCUUGGAUUACCUCGCGCCUUCCUGUUUCAAUGUAAUGUAUCCGUCUAACCUGGACAGGGCGCGCAGCUCCGGACUUCAAGAGUCAAGGAGCUUCGUUGCGAGUGCGAAGGGUCCUUCGGCAGAGUCUUUAUCCUUCUUAAAGAGCGUGAAUAUCCAUGUGAUUCGUCUUGCAA